AUGGACUCUGAAAUAGUCAAGAAAGAAGCAUGGGAAAAUCCAGACGGUAACUUAAAACGUAGGCUAGAAGAGACGAAAGAAGAUCAAAAUAGUCUUUCUACUACUUCCAAUAAUAAAAGACAGGUAAUUGUUCCCGCCUGCACGCCAAAAAUCCAUUAUUCACCACUGAAGACAGGCCUUUGCUACGAUGUUAGAAUGAGAUAUCAUGCAAAGAUUUUUACAUCGUAUUUCGAGUAUAUUGACCCACAUCCAGAGGACCCAAGAAGGAUAUAUCGUAUAUAUAAAAUACUGGCAGAAAACGGUUUGAUCAACGACCCAACUUUGAGCGGGGUUGAUGACCUUGGCGACUUGAUGCUGAAGAUUCCUGUAAGAGCCGCAACUUCCGAAGAAAUCUUGGAAGUUCAUACAAAAGAACAUUUAGAGUUCAUUGAAAGCACAGAAAAAAUGAGUCGAGAACAGUUAUUAAAGGAGACUGAAAAAGGAGAUUCCGUAUAUUUCAAUAAUGAUUCUUACGCUAGUGCUAGACUACCUUGCGGUGGCGCCAUCGAGGCAUGCAAGGCGGUUGUUGAGGGACGUGUAAAAAAUUCUUUAGCCGUAGUAAGACCACCUGGUCAUCAUGCAGAGCCUCAAGCUGCAGGUGGUUUUUGUCUUUUCAGCAACGUUGCCGUGGCCGCCAAGAACAUUCUAAAGAAUUAUCCGGAAAGCGUAAGAAGAAUAAUGAUUUUAGAUUGGGAUAUUCAUCACGGUAAUGGCACACAAAAGUCGUUCUAUCAAGAUGACCAGGUUCUAUAUGUCUCAUUACAUAGAUUCGAAAUGGGCAAGUACUAUCCUGGGACCAUCCAAGGUCAGUAUGAUCAAGCUGGUGAAGGAAAAGGUGAAGGGUUUAAUUGUAAUAUUACUUGGCCUGUCGGUGGUGUUGGUGAUGCUGAAUAUAUGUGGGCAUUUGAACAAGUUGUUAUGCCUAUGGGAAGAGAGUUUAAGCCAGACUUGGUGAUUAUUUCUUCUGGGUUUGAUGCCGCGGAUGGUGAUACUAUCGGACAAUGCCAUGUCACUCCAAGUUGUUAUGGACACAUGACACACAUGUUAAAAUCUCUAGCUAGAGGUAAUCUUUGUGUAGUCCUUGAAGGUGGUUAUAACCUGGACGCAAUUGCAAGAAGUGCUUUGAGUGUAGCAAAAGUACUAAUUGGUGAACCUCCCGACGAAUUACCUGAUUCAUCAAGUGAUCCUAAGCCCGAAGUCAUAGAAAUGAUAGAUAAAGUGAUUCGGUUACAGUCUAAGUAUUGGAACUGUUUUAGAAGGAGACAUGCUAACUCCGGUUGUAAUUUCAACGAACCUAUCAACGACUCGAUAGUAUCUAAGAAUUUUCCUCUGCAGAAAGCAAUCCGCCAACAACAGCAACAUUACUUAAGUGAUGAAUUCAAUUUAGUUACUUUACCUCUAAUAAACAUGGAUUUACCAGAUAAUACUGUAUUAUGCACUCCAAAUGUUUAUGAAUCGACCACUUUGUUAGUAGUCGUUCACGAUACUUCUGAUAUUUGGGCAAAGAGAAAUGUUAUUUCGGGUACAAUUGACCUAUCCUCAUCGGUGAUCAUUGAUAAUUGUCUAGACUUCAUCAAAUGGGGACUCGAUAGGAAAUACGGCAUCAUUGAUGUAAAUAUACCAUUGAGCCUUUUCGAACCUGACAACUAUUCGGGAAUGAUUACCUCUCAAGAAGUUUUAAUAUAUUUAUGGGAUAACUACAUUAAGUACUUUCCUGCUGUCGCCAAAAUCGCAUUUGUUGGAAUAGGAGAUUCGUACUCAGGUAUCGUGCAUCUCCUUGGCCAUAGAGAUACUAGGGCUGUGACUAAAACAGUAAUUAAUUUCUUAGGCGAUAAACAAUUAAAACCUCUAGUUCCUUUAGUUGAUGAAACAUUAAGUGAAUGGUACUUCAAAAACUCCCUCAUAUUCUCGAACAAUAGCCACCAAUGCUGGAAAGAAAACGAAAGUAGGAAACCAAGAAAAAAAUUUGGUAGAGUUUUGAGAUGUGACACAGAUGGAUUAAAUAAUACAAUUGAAGAAAGGUUUGAAGAGGCAACAGAUUUCAUACUAGACUCCUUUGAAGAGUGGAGUGACGAAGAAUGA